AUGAUGAUUUGCUUUGCCUGUAUACUAUUCCAACUAACUAGCUCUCUACUAAUUAACCAUGUACUGCUGAAAAAAUCCAACAAAUUUAAAUAAUCUCCCCACAUUUCUUUCUGUCAUAAGCUAAUUGUCCUUGACCAUUUAAGACGAUACAUUAGGAAUAACAAUUAUGAGUAGUAUCCCACUUGCAGAUAACCAAUACAAAACAUUGAUUGAACAACUUGUUAUUCAACCAUUUGAGAUUGUUCAGUAUGUACUCGAGCAUCUAACCACAAACUAUUUCACGGAAUUCUUUGUCAGCUAUGGACCCAUACCUACACGAGUACUACUUGGGAGAAAUUUUAUUAAACAUGUCUUUAUUCAAGUGAAAUCAGUUGACAAAAUUGAAAUACUCUGUUCAUCAAUAUUUGGUAGAAAGUACGUUAUGUUCUUUGAUCCACAUAUAACUCUAAAAUUCUUACAGUUAGAGUGGAUUCGGCCAGUAACAGUAAUGGUUUUAUUCUUAGGAACAAUUAGAAAUCUGAUUGAUUUCUUAGAUAUUUAUAUGAAAACUUUACUUAAAAUUAAUUGUGUCGAAGUUUUGAUUCCUUCAGUGGGGAAAGGAGGUCGUAAGUUCAUUGCCGUUCAUAGGUUAAGAAUAUUUAAAGACAAACAAGGACGGAAUAGAGUUGGACAAUUGAUUGAUUCGCCGCAUACUGCAGGAUUUAUUAAUUAUUUACUUUUUAAACAGCUUGAUUUUCAAGUUAUUAGCUCCUGGACCGCACUUUAUUGGCUUAUUGAUAAAUCGGCUUCAUCUGAAGAUUUGCGUUUGCCGUUCAAAGAUAAGGUGCCAAGAAUACAUCGUGAUUUAAAUGAUCGCAAUUUAAGUUCCGAAGGUCUCUCUUCAAUACAGAUACUGCAAAAACUAGAAAGUCUUAAUGUUAGUCGUAAUAAAAUAGAUACAAUAAAUGUAGUUCGCUUAAAUCGAAAUUUAUUGGGUCUCUAUUUAAAUGAUAAUCCAUUAUCAAAAAUAAAGAUCAACCAUCAAUCAGAUUGGCCAAGUUUGUUAACAUGUCUUAAUCUUUCAAAUAAUCAGUUACAAGAAGAGGAUAUUGCAAAAAUUCAAUGGCCAAAAUCAAUAUUAUAUUUAAAUUUAGAUAAUUCUCAAAUUACUAGUCUUAAAACUUUGAAAAGUUUACCAGAUUGUUUAAGGGCCUUAAGCUUAAAUUCAUGUCCUAUAGAAACAAUAUAUAAUUAUGAUGAAUCAGAUCCAAAUUAUCCUAGCUACAAAUUACCCAGUGAAUUAACUCACUUAGAUUUGGAUAUCAUUGGUAUAUGCCCACAAGUUUAUCUGAAUAAUGGCUUAAAAGUUGAGCUUCCAUCAAAAUUAGAGAAAAUGACUAUUAUUGCCCCACAAUGGAAAUCAUUACACUGGAUAAAAUUCCCUUCUACAUUACUUACACUUAGGUUAUUUGACGUAGAAUUAGAUACUUCAUCAACAUCAUUCGCAUCAGAAGUGAUUUCUGAUCUUAGUAAUGUCCAAGAUCUCUAUUUUUUCGUACCAAAAGAUUAUCUUUGUACUCAAUUCGUUUUACAUGAAGGAGAAAGAUUGGUGGAUAUCCACUAUAACUCCCAAAAUAGAAAUAGGCCACUUCGGGGAAGUCGUUUAACUGGCCCAUUAUUUAGAGCCGCCAAAUCUAUAAAUUCAUUUUCGAUUCUUAGAUUAUUUCACUAUUUAGGAGAAUGGUAUGAAUUAAGAUUUUAUGGUGAUGGUAAUGCGGGUAACCCCUCAUCUCCCAGUUUGUAUGCAGGAUAUUUUGAACUUUUGUUCAAAUAUGAAAAAAAAAAUUUUCGAGAUAUCAUUACUAUCAACUGA